AUGCAUGCAAACAAGGCCGAAAUGGGUGAUGGACAAGGAUCGAGCGCACUACUUCCCCAUGUCAUCAAUUCAUCGGGAGUGAUUAUUGCUGAAGAACCAACCCUGACGAAAAAGUCAUUGCUCCUCACACGAGAUCAAAGCAAGAACGUGAUGACUGAUCAUGGAGGCUUUCGUCCGAUUCCUACAAACAAGAAACCAACACCACUGCAACUUGCAAAAAUCCUGGUCAGGGAGAGCCGCGUCUAUACUCUGGCAAAAACCGACAACCGGUUCUCGGUGCUCAUGGAUAACAACGACUUAUUAUAG